AUGCUGUUUAUUUCAUUUACCCAUCCUCAUUAUUCAAGGAUCGCUAAAAGAAAUCCGUUGUUUCAUCCUAAUCCUAUUUAUUUUUCUUUCUUUCUUUCUUUCUUUCUUUCUUUCUUUCUUCCUUUCUUUCUUCGUUUCUUUCUUUCUUUCUGUUUUUUCCGCUCUGUUUCGUGUUAUUCCGACCUUUACAUAUUUUGCAUCUUACAUCUAUCUAUCUAUCUAUCUAUCUAUCUAUCUAUCUAUCUAUCUAUCUAUCUAGCUUCUCCUUAUGAAUGUGGUCUUUUUAUUUAUUCUUUCCUCACUCUUUUGUUUUUUAAAUAUCUAUCUAUCUAUCUAUCUAUCUAUCUAUCUAUCUAUCUAUCUAUCUAUCUUUCUUUCUUUCUUUAUAUUUAUUUAUCAGAAUUUGUCUCUAUCUUUCUAUUUAUGUAUCAGUUACUUUCUCUCUCUAUCAGUUUGUAUCCCACUCUCUCUCUAUAUCUAUCAGCUGUUGUUCUAUCUAUCAAUCUAUCAUGUAUAGACUUCAUGUUAACACUAUCUCACAUUUUUUCUCCCUUUCUGUCUAUCUUUCUCACUGUAUAUGUGUUUCUAUAUGUACCUCUGUAUAUCUAUCUAUCUAUCUAUCUAUCUAUCUAUCUAUCUAUCUAUCAGAAUAGCUAUUGA